AAUCAAAGUUUAUUAACUGGAAUUGAGCAACUACUCCUUUGAAGAGACUGUAGACUUCCUCAUUCUCCACCUACAAGGUCAUGGAAGAACUAGAGGACACGUUAUUUGAAGAAUUUGACAACUAUUCCUAUAGCAUGGAGUAUUAUUCCCCAGAGUCUGAUCUGGAGGAGAGAGUCCAGUUGGGAAUUGUUCACUGGGUGUCCCUGGUGUUAUGUGGCAUAGCAUUUGCUCUGGGAAUUCCAGGAAAUGCCAUUGUCAUUUGGCUCACAGGAUUCAAGUGGAAGAAGACAGUCACUACUCUCUGGUUCCUCAAUCUGGCUAUUGCAGAUUUCAUUUUUGUUCUCUUCCUGCCCUUGUACAUCUCCUAUGUAGCCAUGAAUUUUCACUGGCCCUUUGGUAUCUGGCUGUGCAAGGCCAAUUCCUUCAUUGCCCAGUUGAACAUGUUUUCUAGUGUUUUCUUCCUGACGGUGAUCAGCCUGGACCGCUACAUCCACUUGAUCCAUCCAGUCUUGUCUCGACAUCGAACCGUAAAGAGCUCCCUGGUUGUUAUUAUAUUUGUCUGGCUCUUGGCUUCUCUCAUUGGUGGUCCUGCCCUGUACUUCCGGGACACUGUGGAGAUCAACAACCACACUCUUUGCUAUAACAAUUUCCAUGAGCAUGAUCCUGACGUUACCUUGAUGAGGCACCAUGCUCUGACCUGGGUCAAGUUCAUUGUGGGCUACCUUGUCCCUUUGCUGACAAUGAGUAUCUGCUACUUGUGUCUCAUCUUCAAGGUGAAGAAGCGAAGUAUCCUGAUCUCCAGUAAGCAUUUUUGGACAGUCCUAUCGGUGGUCAUGGCCUUUGUGAUUUGCUGGACUCCUUAUCACCUGUUCAGCAUUUGGGAGCUCACCAUUCACCACGAUGGCUCUUUCCACCAGGUGCUGCAGGCUGGAAUCCCGCUCUCCACUGGUCUAGCAUUUCUCAAUAGUUGCUUGAACCCUAUCCUUUAUGUCCUAGUUAGCAAGAAGUUCCAAGCUCGCUUCCGGGCCUCCAUUGCUGAGAUACUAAAGCACACGCUGUGGGAAGUCAGCUGCUCUGGCACAGUCAGCGAACAGCUCAGGAACUCUGAAACCAAGAGCCUGUCUCUCCUGGAAACAGCCCAGUGAAGCAAGGCUGUUCCAAUACUCCAGUGUAAGGUUUCCACGUGGGUCCCCUUCCAGAUUAAAUCUGGUUGUGGUUAACAACUGACCAUCCUGUUGUAGCUUUGGGUCCACUUGUUGGCUCUUGGCCUCAUAUUUUUGUGUGGAUAAAAACUGGAAGGAUCUGGGGUUUCUUUUCUGCAGUUUAAGGAUCUGUCACUGUGGUUGCCCUCUGCUGGCUCUUUUGAUACCUGCAAUCUAAGACUUCGACUGUUUUAGGCUGGCUUUGCUGUAGAUACUGCAUCUCAUUCAUCGAUAUGUGCGUCUGAUAAAUGAAUCUUCAUAAAGCUCACCACAAUACAUUAAUCACCACUA